AUGGCAAAAGAAACUGAAAACGCUGACAUCGAAUAUUCCGAAGAAAGUUAUUUUCUUUCCUCACAUCUGUCCAAAGACCUUCGCAUAAUACACCGCGAACGUUUUCUUUAUGAACAUGACGAAAUAUCGCUAAGUAGCUGUCGUCGAGCAAGCUUUGGUUCUGCACCCAUUUUGCAGUGGUGCUACAAAAAUGGAUUUGAUUUUGAUAAACUGAUGAAAAAACAAUCGAUGACUCUUGCGGUUUUGAAAUAUGCCGUAACAGGCAUUGAAGCUGAAGGUAAAGAGAUUAACCAGCUAGAUCAAGCUAAAGAGAUCUGUGACUAUUUGAGUCGUAUUAAGCAACCAGUUACGGCGAAUCCGUCAGAUAUUGGUCGAUGCUGUGUCUAUCUUUAUACAAAAGAUACUUUUCUUUAUAAACGUACAAACGAACUUUUACGUCAGGAGCGCAACAAUGCUCCUGGAGAUAUUCUAAUUGAACGACUGGCGCCAUACUGUGCUUUACUGUCAUCAUAUCUUCAAAUGCAAUUUAUUAACGAUGGCACAUUUGUACAAGAAGAAAACUUGCGUCUUUAUACGUCCAAACACAUGAAAUAUAUCUAUCGGGGCAGUAAUCUCUCGCAAGAAAUGAUUGAGCAAUAUAAACAAAAUAUUGGAAAACGUAUUUCGUGGCCUGCGUUCUCAUCAAUGUCUAAAAGCCGUCGCGUAGCGGAACUCUUUGGAAAUACUCUGUUUAUGGUAGAUGCCAGUGUAAUAAAAUCAAUAAGUACCGAUUAUUUAGCUGAUAUUGAGAAAAUCUCCGCAUUUCCCGAAGAGCAAGAAGUGUUACUCACAGCGGGAAUAAAUUUGGAAAUUAGAGAUGUGAAAGAGGAGGAGUGCGAGAAGUACACUAUUUUAGUUUAUCUUUCAGAAAAUCAUCGACAUUUGUUUCCCGGUGAAAAGAUGCGCUUGUCUACUUUUGAAUCGGACAAAAAGGAUAGCACGGCCGGUAAAUACUCGUUAAUCAGCGAUAUAUUUAAGAAAUCCUAUGCAUAUAUAGCGUCAAAGACGAGUAUUAUUGAAAAGUUUGGUACAACAAGUGGGGGAUCACUUGUCGCUAUGUCUAAUCCGGAUUCUAGGCGCGGAAGCUUGUAUUGA